AUGUCAUCAUCACCACGCACUUAUAUACUAACGUUGUGUUGGUUGCAGUUAUUUGUAGCAUUCUUCGUAAUUUGCUUCACCCACAAUGUUUCAUCUGCACCACAGUCCCUCUAUGAUAGAUGGACUGCGUCUGUACCAAGUAAUAAUGUCUCAAGAACCUUGUCGCCGACACCCCAGCCGUUAAGAGACGUAACAGGAGCAAUGGAAUUCUUGUAUCACUAUGGUUACAUGGAUAUACACCAUAAUGCUAUAGUAACAGAGGACACAUUUACAGACGCCGUCUCACGAUUUCAAGCAUUCGUUGGAUUAGAAAUUACAGGGAAAGCGGACGAGGCUACCCUUGCUAUGAUGAAUGCUCCACGGUGUGAUGUGGCCGAUAUCGACUCAAGUGAUGGUCGCAAGAAAAGAUACAUGGCGGUUGCCAAAUGGCAAAAGAAUAAGUUAACCUACAAAAUAACUAAAUACACUGGAAGUCCUUUCUUAUCCCAAUCAGAUGUCGACAGGGAAAUUGAAAAAGCAUUUAAGUUAUGGUCUGACGUCACACCCCUGAGAUUUGAACAAGUACCAGCCUAUAUGGCCGCGGACAUCGACAUAUCAUUUCCAGAGCCGUAUAUCCCUCAUGCCGACGGUUUUCGGUAUUCCAUAUUUGACGGUCCUGGGAAGACACUUGCACACGCAUUCUAUCCUUAUACGUACGGUGACGUGAAGGGGGAUGCCCAUUUUGACGACGGUGAACAAUGGACAGCGAAUUCCUACACAGGUAUUAAUCUAUGGUUGGUGGCUGCUCAUGAAUUCGGUCACAGUCUCGGUCUGGGUCAUACCAACGUAAAUGGCGCCCUCAUGUUUCCUUACCACCAGGGUUAUAAUCCAAACUUUCAACUUCACGAUGAUGACGUUGCUGGCAUCCAGUUCUUGUACGGUGCUCAAAUACCGGAAGCAACAACACUGGAGCCAAUAGUGAAGCCUAAUCCGAACCCGAAUCCCAAUCCCAAUCCAGAGUGUCCGACUACUGUUGACGCCAUUACCCAAACAAAAGAUGGAAACACAUAUGCAUUUCAAGGUAAUUAUUUUUGGCAAAUUGAAGAGCAUAGAGUGGUUUCUGGUUACCCAAAGCGUACAAGCGAUUACUGGUCUGGUUUAGUUGGUGACUUUGACGCAAUAUUCACGGCAUCCAGUUGGUGGUUGGUGGGUUUGGAAUUCAAUGGGAGACAGUUAGCAGGAAAGACUUGGUUCUUUAAGGGUAAUCUUGUGUGGCGUUUUGAGAACAUGAUAAUGGACAAUGGCUACCCUAAAUAUAUAUCACAAGAGUUCACUAAUUUACCAAGUAAUAUUGAUGCAGCCUUCGAAUACUAUGGCAACGGGCAAACGUACUUUUUCAAAGGUGGGUUCUUUUAUAUGAUUAACUGGAGAAUGGAAGUGGUUGGUCCAUUCUACAUGGAUAAUUGGCAGGGGAUUCCCUCCGACAUUAAUUCCGCAUUCCAAGACAACGAUCAGUACGUUUAUUUUUUCAAAGAUAACCUGUACUACAAAUUUGAGCACGACACAUUCUCUACCUUAGCAGGAUAUCCUCGUUCGACUUCUGCUGACUGGUUUCAAUGCAACGCCUUGAACGAGGCUGAUCAGAGUGACGACAUAAAGCAAGUCGAUGACAUCAUUGAUGUGAUACAAAGUGAUGGCUACGUCACUUUCCCCUGCUUGUUUACAAUUAUUCUAACCAUUCUGGUGCAGUAUAUCAAAUAA